AUCCUUAAAUAAAUUUCAAGAAUUGAAGUCCAUAAAGUAGCUAUCAAACACCACCUACAGUCUUUCUCCUCAUUGAAUUUCCCUUCUCUCCUUAGCCCAGCUUGGAGAGCCAAAGAAGAGAGAGAGAGAGUUCAAAAAUGGGGUUCUUUUCAUUUCUUGGAAGGGUCCUUUUUGCUUCUGUUUUCAUCCUUUCUGCUUGGCAAAUGUUCAAUGAUUUUGGAGAAGAUGGUGGGCCUGCAGCAAAGGAAUUGGCUCCCAAAGUGGCUAGUUUCCAGAAUUUUCUUGAAUCCAAGUUGGGGGCAGGGGCACCAAAAAUUGAUGUUAGGCAUGUGGUAGCAGCAUUCAUGGCUCUAAAAGGAUUGGGUGGAUUGCUAUUUGUAUUUGGCAGCUUCACCGGUGCUGUUCUACUGAUGUGUUACCUGAUAGCGGCUACUCCACUUCUGCACGAUUUCUGCUGCCAUAAGUUUGGAGAACCACAGUAUUUUGUUGUUCUACAAGAGUUCCUGCAGGCUCUGGCACUCUUUGGUGCAUUGCUGUUUUUCGUGGGGAUGAAGAACUCGAUUAACCGGAGGCAACCAAAGAAAAAGACCAUCAAGUCCAAGGCAGCUUAGGAUAUAUCAUUUAAGGGUUGUAUAAGAUUGGAUUAUUCAUGGUUGUUGGUUAGCCUUUAUGAUUAGAAGUGACUAGUUAAGUCUGUUUUACACUGAGUUCUUCCAAGAACCCCCUCCCCCUGGAUUUUUGCAUUUUUUUCCUUCUUGAAACUAAGAGUUGUUGAAAUUAUGGGGGUGCAAUAUUUGUCAUUGUGAGGAGAUUCUGAAAUUACAGUACUUGAAUUCCCUUUCAUAUCAA